CGAUCGGUGACGAGUUAUAAUGUCGAAUCCGCCGUGUACAUCUGGGGAGACCUCAUCAACUCCGCCGCCGCCGAAGCCAAUGCUCCUUAUGUAAACGUCUGUCUCAGUUUCCCAUACCAUUCUGUGCGUUUCGAAGAAAGUCAGUCAAGCCGGCAACAAUGCCUUCGACUGUUGAAGAGCACUCCUCUGAGUCGACAACGACAGAGGAAAAGAGAGCGACGGACGAUCACCAACAUGUCCAGCCCAAAAGCCCGUCGCAACGACCUACACAGCCAGGGCUCUUCAAACGGUUGUGUAUGAAAGCUGGGCUUGAUGUCCCAACAGUUCUGAUGAUGCUGAAGGGAGCCUUACCACCAACCAUUGCUCUCGCGGCGUAAGUCCAUCAGAUCUACUAAGGCUCAGUGCUCACACUACCCAGAUAUCAGAGUGAUGCCUGGGCUCGGGAGUACGGCGCGUUGGGAUACCUGAUCGCAAUCAUGUCCAUCAUAUCACUACCAAUUCUACCACGAGCAAAAUUUGCUCAAAACAUAUUGAUCUCGACCACUGCUAUCUGUCUGUCAGCUGCCAUGGCUUUGCUAACAAUCCGGUGCGCCGUCUCUGCGCGAGGAACCAAGCCUCAAGCAUCCGCGACGGGCACGUCCGGCGGCAAGGAGUCACUGGCAUUUAGCUCGGCUGCCAACGCCACAGCAGCUGUCUGGCUAUUCUUCAAUCUGUGGCUCGCCAACACUAUCAGGGCUUACCGGCCCCAGCUCAUGAUUGUCGCCAUCCAGUACACGAUUUUCGCUGUUAUCGCUUCCACGUAUGCUCCGGCCUUUCCCACCAUGACUGCCGGGAUCGAUUUCGUGAAGAGGUUACUGAAGGUCUUUCUCACUGGGUUUGCCUUGGCCACUGGAACGUCGUAUUUCAUCCUACCAGUGUCUUCUAGGAAAAUCUGCCAGAAGCAGAUGGCUGGUGUUCUCAACCUGUUGAAUGCAAGCAUCAGCCUCCACACAACUUAUCUUCAUAGCAUCUCGAACCAUCAAACUGGAGUAAAUACAGACUCCUGUGGAGAGGGCGGUGCGGUGAAGCAGACGGCGGACUCGGCUGCAUCUGCGAAGCAUGCCCAAGAGAUUGCCACCAAGCUCAAAACGGCCCUUCAAGAAGCGUCGAAGCUGUUUGGAAUGCUAAGAAUCGAGAUCAGCUUUGCGAAGAAAGAAAUGGGGUUCGGAAAACUGCGGCCUGAAGACUUCUCCACCAUCUGGAGACGGUUGCAGCAAGUUCUUCUACCAGUGGCAGGCUUAUCUACUUUCGCCGAUAUUCUACAAUCAGUCAGACAGCAUAAGGCUGAAGGAGAAAACCUGAUCGAAGAUGCGACUACAUUAGAAGCUGUUAGACGUCUGGAAGCCGACGAGUGGCAAGAAGUGGUGGCCAUGUCCCGUGAACCUUUCCGUAGGGUGAAAGAGAGCCUUGCUGGUGGCAUAGCUCACGUACAGUACGUGCUCGAGCUCGUUCCACGCCCUAAAUUCGCAAAGCAGGACGUCGAGAAAAGGGCAGAUGCACCGCCUGCUCCAGGAGAUCCCAAUUUUGCCGAGCACCUCAGGGCCGAAAUCAGACUGUUUCAACAACAUCGAGAAGGAACAAUGCGGAGAUGGUGCGAGAGGAAAGGGAUCGACGUACCCGCCAAAUUCUGGGAAGAUCCAUCAGCUCAAUACAGCUUCAAAGACUCCGAAUCCCUAGAUGAAAUCGUACGCAGCAAGCAGAACCAUCAGCAGCUAUAUUUGAUCUUGUACCUCGAGUAUCUGCUUUAUUCCAUGUGCCGGUCAGUCUUGGCCUUGGUGCUCUUUGCAGACUCCAAGGUUCAAGAUGGCACAAUGAGCAAGAAACGAUUCAUCUUUCCAGGCUGGAGACGGAUAACGAAGCUCCUCCAACACAUGUUCACGCAAGAAGACUCCGAACCCGCUUUGCCGGAUGCAGACUCUACUGGCAUCAUAAUCUGGCCCGGCGAUUCCCUCUCUAGGCGAAAAGACCCAGAGCACUUAUCCCCGACAAACUGGUAUCAGCGUGUCACCGACCAUUUACGCGUGAUUCCUCGCUUCCUCGGCUCCGACCAAUCUGCAUACGGCUUCCGCGCGGCCGUUGCCAGUCUGUCUCUGGCGAUUCUCGGCUUCCUCAAGCCCACGCACAACUUCUAUCUGGAGCAGCGCGGCAUCUGGGCGGUCAUCAUGAUCGCGAUCAGCAUGGGUCCCACCGCUGGCGCCGGCGUGCAAGGCUUCCUCUUGCGGAUUGCCGGCACGGUGGUCGCUAUGGUCGUUUCCAUCACGAUAUGGUACAUGGCGGACAAGAAACCAGCGGCCAUCAUUCCCUUAUCGUACCUUGCCUUCGUAUGUGGGUUUUACGUCAUCUUAAAGAAGCCCAAAUAUCUCAUUACGGGUGUGAUAGCGACCGUCACCAUCGUUUUGAUCGUGGGCUACGAGUUGCAGAACCUCAAAAUCGGGACCGCGGCCCUAACUUCGAACGGCCAGCGCUUCUACAAGGUCCAUGUGCUCGCGCCGUACCGGCUGGCCACGGUCGUCACGGGGCUCGCCGUCGCGUUUAUAUGGACGUACCUGCCCUUUCCCGUGACGACGCACGCGACGCUACGCAAGGACCUGGGAGCGACGCUGUACCUGCUCGCGAACUAUUAUGCGUGCACGCACAGCACGGUCGAGAUGAAGUUGCGGCUGGGCGCGCAAGCGAACGAUAGCAGCAAGAACAGCCCGAUGGGGAAACUCGAUAAGGCGAGGACGAAGUGUUUCGAGAAGAUGUUGGGCAUGAUGAACCGAUUGAGGGAGCACUCGAGUUUCACGACGUACGAGCCCACGUUUGGCGGGAAGUUCCCGAAGCAGACAUAUGACGAAUUGAUUGCGCAUUUGCAGAGCCUGUUCAAUUACAUGGCGCUCAUCAACUUCAGUUCUCAAGCUUUUGUGACUGGCGAGAGUGGUGCCGGCGAGAAGGGCGCAUCGGACGUGGGCAGACAACAAGCGCAGGACGAGAGCGAGUGGCUGGCCGAUUUCCGACGACUCACGGCAAAAACGCGCGUGACAAGCCGCGAACUCACAAGUACACUGUGUCUUGUGGCGGCGAGCAUGGCAAACGCGCAACCACUGCCCCCGUACGUGCGCGUGCCGCCGCCGAUCCAUCUGGCGGACCAGCUGGCCGUUAUUGACCCCCAGAUCCUCAGCGUGCAGCAUAUCAACGAGCCGUGCUACGCCGCUUUUGCGGUGCUGGAAAUUGCGAGCGUGCUGAUCAUGCAGGAGACCGCUGGAGUGCUGGGCAAGGUCAAGGAGUUGGUCGGUGAGGUGGAUUUUUCGUUACAUAUGAUCGAGUCCGGAGGGUCGAGUAGUAGUGGUUCGAUGAAUGGGCUUGGGAAGGGCAAGGCGGAUUGAUUCCAUCCUCAUAAUGUAUUGGUACCCUAUGUGCAUAGGACCAGCCUCGGACUGGUGUAUCGAAUGGUGAUGAACAUUUUUC